ACUAUCAGCCGGUCCGGUGGAAAAUGUAAACAAACGCAACUUAUUAAAUAUAGUACAAAAUGAGUGGGAAACCGAGAUCUAGCGACUCCGACUCGGAUUCCGAGGAUGAUGCACAGAUGCGUCAGUUCCUGGAGGCGGCAGAUACCACCCUGCUCACAAAUGCCAUGUUUCAGGGGCAGCCGAAAACAGAUCCAGGUGAAGUAGCCAAGAAGGAGCAGCCAGUAACCACCAGGAUACUGGAUAGGCCGACCGUCAGGAGCGAGCGCCACCUGGAGGAGCAGGAGGCCCCCGCCAGAGACCUCCAGAUCACGCAGGAGAUGCAGACACACAUCUGGAGCAGGCUUAGUGGCAUAAUCCAAGACCAAAUAGAGUUUUCCCUGGACGAGCCAAAUCUCCUAAAGGAACAGAAGCCCCCACCAGACAAAGUUAAGCUGGUAUCCAAUGCUGAUUGCUAUUUAAUAGCCGAUUUGGUGGAGGAGGGUCCGCCAGGUCCUAAAAAGAAACCCAAGAUCAAGAGACGGACCGCCGAAGAAGACCAAUCCUCGCCAGAAGCUCUUAACUCUGUGGUAGUCACUGGCGAAUCCAUACUCGAUGGCAAGGACCUCCUCGCCUGGGCCCAGAAGAAGCCGCGCCAGGACAAGAUCUUCCAGUACAGAGCUAGCGAUCCAAAUGCCACUAAACUCCUGGCCAUUGAACCCACAAAUGAGUUCACCAAGCGAAGGCGGCAAAACAAUUGGAACGAGUCUAAGAUUUGCAAAAUAAAAAAGAAUAAAUGACAUGGAACC